ACACGCAGAGCGGAGGUGAGUGAGGAAACUCUCCGGAGGAGCGGACAUCAUCGGCUGAGGAGCAGGAGCCAGCUCCGGGUUUCGUGGAUUCAUUUUCUUCUUCUUCUUCUUCUUCUGGAGCUCGUUAUUCUUCGGCUGCGAUGUUCCAGGACUCCGCGGCAGCGUCCAUCAUCUCCUCCGUGGUGCAGUGCCAGCCCUGAGAACGGAGCCGAACAGCGGCAAGAACAGUCACCAGGUCUGAGGGCCAAGAGACCGAUAAGACAUGCUGGCCGCCAUGCUGCGCCAGGGCACUGGUGGAGGAUCGGGUGGGGGAUCGGGUGGAGGAUCGGAUGGAGGUGGCAGUGGCGGUGGAAUCAAACUCCCUCUAGGAAUCUCCCGCCUCUCUGGCUCCAGCCAGGGUUCAUCAGGCUCCGCCAGGGUGUCCAAAGGCAGCUUGGAGAGCUCGGACAGCUCAGACAUCCCUGCCUCGGACCCACACUACAUCAUGCAGCUGGUCAGCGACGUGCGCAAGUUUGCAGAUGUGCUUCUACAACUCAAAGAAGUGUUCAACUCCAAAGAGCACCAGGACUGUCUCCAUCAGGCGGUCCAUGAGCGACUCGGGGAGCUGCUGCGAGUCCUAAAGGCCAUUAUCAGCAAACACCAGAGCCUCAACUCUGUGGACAUCCUCAGUACAGCUGGAACCGUCAUCGCCACGGUCAAAGGAGUGAACUUUAAGGAGGUGAACGAAGAGAACAAGCAGAAGCUUUUCAGGGAUAUCUACAGUGCUAUCGACACAUUGGCAUUCACGUUUGGCAAUGUAGUGUCUGACUUCCUUAUGGGAGAUGUAGAGAAUGGAUCAGUGUUGGGGCUCCCCCUGACUAAGAGAAGCAGGUCUUCUGAGAAUAUCUCUGUGGAAUCUGGAGGAUCCGGGCCCGAGAAAGAUGAUCCGCCAGGGCCGUGUCCACCGGUUCGGCCCGAAGAGGUGGACGCCACGCUGCAGCGGCAGGACAACGGGGUGGAGUCGGCGCUGCUCUACGCCAAGGCCUGGUCCAAGUACACCAAAGAGUUGCUGGCAUGGGUGGAAAAGCGUCUCAAUAUUGAUAUCGAGGGUGCAAAGAGUUACGCCAAAAUGGCCGAGUCUGCCAAGACGCUUGCGAGUCAGCAGGAAUUCAUGCCUUUCCGUGAGAUCUACAUGACUGCUUUCAAACAUGACAUUGAAUACAGCCAGCUGGUGCUUCACACUGCAGCUGUGCUCCAGAGCAACAAAUUCAUGCAGCCUCUCCUGACCAGAAAGAAUGAGCUGGACAAACUGCGAAAAGAGGUCAAGGAUCAGUGGCAGAGAGAGCAAAAGAAGAUGCAUGAGGCAGACAGUGCAGUGAGGAAGGCUCGGCUGCUGCAGGUUCAGCGGCAGGAGGAAUAUGAGAAGGCCAAGGUGUCUACUAGCCGCCUGGAGGAGGAGCAGAUCGGAGGAGGUGGAGGAGCAGCGGCAGUUAAACAGCUAGAGAAGAGGCGCAGGCUGGAAGAGGAGGCCCUGCAGAAGGCGGAGGAGGCCAGGGAGCACUGCAAAGCUUGUCAGAUCGAUGUUGCAGUGAAGAGAGUGGAUCUCGCCAAAACCAAGAGUUUGAUCAUCACUCAGCUCAGAGAGAUGGUCUCUCAGUGCGACCUCACCCUCAAAGCUGUGACUGUCAAUUGGUUCCAGCUCCAACAGGCUCAGGUUGUCUCUCUCCCCGUCAACCACCAGACUCUGUGUGAAAAUGCCAAGCUGUACGAGCCCGGCCAGCGCUACAUCGACUUUGUCAGGAGUCUGCCCACUGACGGGCCUCGUCUGGAGUCGCUCUCGCUUGAUUCUCCUGUUACACUAAGCAUAGGGAUGCCUUUCAACAAACGCUCACUAAGUGGCUGCCACUCGUCACACAGUAACCUGUCACAGGCGUCCGUGACCUCCGACAUACUGAGUGGAGAGGAGGUGGACAGUCCCAUCAAUGCCCAGCACGCCAAGAUUGCAGAAAGGCGCUCCAACAAUAGCACAGACAUCCAAGCACUUCGGAUUCAGGCCCCAUUUCGUCCCUGGGCCUCAGCAAGCCAGGGUGGAGGGAUGUGCAGUGAUUCAGAAAGUGCUGGAGGCAGCAGUGAGUCUCGGUCCAUGGACUCGCCCACUGCAAGCCCAGGAGACUUCAAGAGGAGAUUACCCAGAACUCCAUCAACUGGCACCAUGUCUUCUGCUGAUGACCUGGAUGAGAGAGAGCCUCCGUCACCGUCUGAUAACGGUUUAAGCGAGAUGAUCAUCGAGACAGCCAGCUCUCCAGGUCCCUUCAGAAACACCCAGAUGUCAAAGGCAUCUCAAACCCACAAGCUGAGGAAGCUUAGAGCGCCCUCCAAGUGUCGAGAGUGUGACGGCCUGGUGGUGUUUCAUGGAGCAGAGUGCGAGGAGUGUUCGCUGGCCUGUCACAAGAAGUGUCUGGAAACCCUGGCCAUCCAGUGUGGCCACAAGAAGCUCCAGGGGAAGCUCCACCUCUUCGGCAUCGACUUCACGCAGGCGGCUAAGAACAGCCGGGACGGCAUCCCAUUCAUCAUACAGAAGUGUACGUCAGAAAUCGAGAAUAGAGCGCUCAACAUAAAGGGUAUCUACCGGGUGAAUGGUGCCAAGUCUCGGGUUGAAAAGUUGUGCCAGGCAUUUGAGAAUGGAAAGGACCUGGUGGAGCUCUCCGACCUUUAUCCCCACGACAUUAGCAACGUACUCAAACUCUACCUGAGACAGCUUCCUGAGCCGCUCAUCCUGUUCCGCUUCUAUAACGACUUUAUCGGUCUGGCCAAGGAAAGCCAGAGUAUCAUAGUGGAGGAACUGGAGGCGCUGCGGCUUAGUCCCACCCAAGUGACCCCAGCACAGGUCAGCGUGGAGCUCAACCGGGUCCUCUUCAAGAUCAAGGACCUGCUGAAGCAGCUGCCGCCAACUCAUUACAAGACAUUGCAGUUCCUGAUCGAGCAUCUGUACAGGGUGACAGAGUGGUCAGAGGAAAAUAAGAUGACAGCCAGCAACCUGGGUAUCAUCUUCGGCCCGACACUGAUCAAGCCGAGGCAAGCGGACGCUGAAGUCUCCCUCUCCUCUCUGGUGGAUUACCCCUAUCAGGCUCUCAUUGUGGAGCUGCUGAUCAGACACUAUGAGAUGGUCUUUGACACCCUCCUCGGUCCCCUGAGCGGCACCUCGCCCACAGAAGCUGUUGCCCACCCCCGCCAUGACACCCAACUGAGCAGGCACUCCAAGUCGCUGGGAGACAUUAAGGAGCAGUCCUCAAAGGUGUAUAAGAGGCAUUCCUCAGCUAAUCCUUCAUCCCACUUACUGGUUGAGGUUCGGGAGACCACACCAAGCCUCGAUGGAAGUGACAAUGAACCUGCGGAUGAAGUGGAUUCAGAGACCUUCAAUGGGGUCCCUGAGGUCCCAAAACCUGGAGAGAGCGGGCUCUGUCGCCCCCAGUCUAUCACUGUCGCCAGGGUCCAGCUGCGACACCCUCGCAACAAACUCUCCUCCCGUCCGGUCAGCAUGCCGGUAGAACGGAUUCUCAGCCGAGGCCAUGUCGACGAGAACAACACUCGGAACAGCGCCGACCAAGAGGUCAGGAAAGGCACCAGUUUUGACGAGUCCAUCGAAGAAGUGGAUGAAACCGAAAAUGCAAAACUGCGUGUGACCACACAUUACCGGAGUAAAUUUAUUGACACCCAGACAUUACGCAGAACUUGGGACAAACAGUACAAACAGGAUUCUGCUUCUCGGACUGUCAGAAUCAUGGCCAGUUCGUCCACAGAGAGCACUUCAGAAGAUAUCAGCAACUUUUCAGCCUCUGUGCCAUCAACCCUCUCCCUGGGAACUUCUGGGAGCGCUCUCGGCACCCUGUUCCCCAAUAGACCUUGCACAGUCGCAGUGCGACCCAGCAGGACUUUAAGAAGAGAGGACAAUGUAACCAAGUACAGCCCCAUUGCAACAGCUUUCAGAGCUCCCAGGACUCUCCAGCCCCCUCCUGGAACCUUCUACAAGCCCCCAUCGGGGAACAAAGCUAAAGCACUGCCGAACUGUUCAUCAGCCAAUAGCGCAGAGGAAGAAGAUGAGGAGGAGGAGGACGAGGAGGAGGAAGACGAUGACGAUGAUGAGGAGCUGGGGAUUGAGAUAGAAGUGUCUGUGGAUGAGCCUCUUGAGGAGGACAUUGAGGCCGAGCAGGCGGCCAUGUCUCAGUCUCCCAGCUCUAGCCCCGAGGAACUGGGCCAAAACCAGGGCAAACCUGUUUACCAGAGACUACGGCCACGACGCCUCCAGGAGGUUGAGCAUCGAGAGGCUCAUUUUGUCUGAGAGACGGUUCUCGAUUGUGAACAGUGUGUGCCAUAUUCUUUUGGAGAAAGAAUAAGAAAAGCCUCUGCAAAGACAAUUUCCAGGUGUACUUAGACUGUGGGCAACGUGUGGAGAAUUAAAUGUACCCUUUGGUCCUCAGACGACAAACAGGAUGCACUUAAGAUGCUGUAUAUUUUUAAUAAGAUUCACCAAUAUUUCAUUUACCGAUCACUUGCUCUGUUCACUCUGGCACUUGGUCAGAAUAUUUAUAUAUAUUUUUUAAACUGUGCAAUUACAUUUUAUUUGACCAUUUUGUAUAAAGUUCUUACACGCUCACUAUCUCUGUACGUUUAUAGACCAAAAACACUUUUUGCUUUAUUACUAUAUUGCAAAAGAAGUUUGGUGCACUGACCUGACAUCAAAACUUUUCCACAUGUUUCUAUCCUCUGUGAGUCAGAAUAUUUUAAAGCGUUACAUUUAGGGUAUAAUUAAUCAUGCUAAUGACUUGUGUAUAAAGCAACACUGUAUAAUGACCCUUUUGCUCUACUGAAUAUCUGUAUCGGCAUUUGCUUUGAAGCACCAGUUGCAAAGGGGUUGCAUCCAUUUUAUACUGUUGAGCCUACGGUAUCAACUCAACUCUAAUUGUCCUGCAAAGCAUUUAGAAAUGCCCAGGCAUUAUCUUUCCUUUUUUUAAAUAUAACAUCUACAUUUUUGAAUAGCCAAAGUUUUAGGAAUUUUCCUAUUUUUAAACUGAAGUAGUUUUAUCAGUCCGCUAAAUCGUACAGGUUCGUAAUUAAUAGUAAAUGCAUCAUUUAUUUAAAUGUUAUCUGUUUUUCAUGGUAAUGUACAAGGUUGACAGAAUGUUGAAAAGGUCAAUGUAAAAAAGGAAAAAAAGCAGGUACAUGAAAUCAAACACCCUUUUGUAACUUAUUAAAAUAUAUCUGACAACUUCCAA